AUGUCGCUGCCGCUGCCUGUGACCACACCGUCGGAGAAGUGCGAGAAGCCUGCGUCGUUUCGGACGCCAAGGCGGCCUGUGGAACUGGUUGUCGCUGUGCGUGUACCGGACGGCGAAGGGAACACUGCACUGCGCGAGUUGCCUGCACCUGCGCCCCUGCGCGGAUAUCGCCUUACUCGCUUGAUGUCAUACGAAGAGGUUGAUGCAGGACGCGUCAGACGGAGGAUUUGGCCGCUUUCGUUGUGUCAUUGCCUGCUCGCCGUCCUGACAAUGACCUUUGCUUGCCUCCUCGCCACGCUCUGUCUUUUUAUUCUCGCUCGUACAUGGCUCCCGGAUCUGGUACACCUCAUGUGGCCUGAUCAUCCUGCCCGAUAA